AUGAUACACAUAAAGAAUAGCGAGGUAGUUUGUGCCUUAAUUUACUUACUUAACAGAAAAAUGCAAUAUUCCUCUUCAUUUGGCUCCAUAGUAGGGUUGUACCUAAUAUUUCUGAGAUGUUUAUUGUCGAAGUGGAGUCUAGGGUAAAUUAGCUUCCAUUAUAAUUACUUCAUACAGGAUUACCUAAAAAUUUCAGAAGAAAGCGCGAAAAGUUUAUCCGAUGGAUGUGUCUACAGCACGCUGCUGGAGAUACUGUCAAAAGGCCAGUGCUUGUGCCAAGGUCAGUGAUAAUGGGCAUCCAGUUGGAUCGCACUCGUGAAUAAAUGCUGAAAGUACCGCCUCGAUUUUAUCUUGCUCGCUCAGAUAUUUCUAUAUUCUUCAUACUUAAUAGUGCUAGUUGCUUUUGGGGCAUCAUCGUUUGUGUCCGCUGAAACGUGCCACUCUGCACUUUGCGAUAGAUUAACCGUGGUAAAAGGGCAAUCGUACAUGUCGCCUCCGUCCGCCGGUUGGAUUCGUAUAAACGCUGUUCAUAAAAACUAAAAUCGACCUGGUCUUUAGAGUACGGACGGUCUCUGCUAUCAUGUGGCCUUAGCCUUUAAGAGAGGGGCCACGGCCCAGUCCCAGGGGUAGUACGUCCCUUAUUUAUAAUAGAUUUAAUUAACAGGGCUGCAUGUUUUUGCAGUCAGUUUAGCAUGGAUUAUUUCAUCGCGUACGCCACGCUGUAUAAACAAUGAUACAGAUAAACUACUUCCCAUUAUUUGUGUUCGGGGAACGAAGCUGAAAGCGCAGCCGUUGACCCCGUCCACCCCACCCUCUGAAUACAAACAACAGAAAUUAUUUUGCCUGUAAAAUUGUUUCUAAAGGGCGCUUUGCAUGGGGCGCAUAGUCACGGUUUCUUUUCUGAAAAAAACUUGCAGUAUCGUUAAUAUGUAUGUUCGAAAUAAAAGACAAACGAUCCCUCCCGGCGGGGCCGCAGCCCUUCCAACCGUGUUUUGCCCUACAAGCAGGAUACAUGCCAGCACUUUUUUGCAAUAAACAGGGGAAAUGUUGAUUUAAGUUUACCAUACUAAAGUGCUGUACAUAGCCUUUGUUGCGGCAGAGGACAUUGGGUUUGAAAUGCAAUAAUCUCCUUCUGCAAUUUUUCUGAAAUAAGUCUUGGAAGAAGUUAUAUGUGCAACGGUAUCAAUUUAAGUUCUUAAAAAUAAUACUUAAACUUCGGGUUGGCUAAACCAAAUUAAUAAAGUGCUAAAUAGAAAUACCAAACCCUUGCUGAUUUUAGUAGAUUAAUUUCGUUCACUCCUUCAUGGUUUUCAGGUCUAGAACAGGUGCUGCAGAAGUUGCGAACUCUCAGUGGUGCACCAAUUUACACCGCGGAGUUCGCGUCGAGAAACGUGGGAAAGACAGAUGGUUCACCUCACUAUUACUCCUUGGAAAGAAAAAAUGCGGAACGAGGACUUGACUGUUACCAUUGUGUCACGUCCGAAGACCUGUCCUAUCCGGUUGAUGAGCGGUCCAGGGAAACCUGGGUUCGGGCUCACUGUGCAGUGAUUGAAGUUCUUUUAUAUCUAUGGCUUCGAUUUCAAGUUCAAAAAAAGUGUUUAUCCCGGUGUUUAAGGUAAAUUCUGGGUGGUAUUUGUCUCAAAAGUGCACAUUUUGUUGGCAGGCAAACAAGCAACUAAAUAAUAUGUUAUUCGGUAUCGUUGCAACUCAAGAAGUUUCAACUUGUAGAGCUAACUAAGUUAUAUAUCAUAUCCAGCAGACGAAAUGAGGGAAAUAAGCGUAAAUCGCACGUUCAGAUGCAAAAGAAUAACCGUUAAUUAGUCUCCUUUACUCUCCAUACUGAAUAUACACGGCAGGUUUUUCGGAGAAGCAAUUGAGAUUUUGUUCCUAUACUAGUAGUGGAUUAAAGAAACUGCUUGAGUUUGUCUGGUAUUCUACGCCCGUAGGAGUUCACAAUUCUUGCCUUUUAGAUUUACUAUUUAGGUGGUAUAUGAUGUCCUUCAGAGUUAACCGAUUAUCCGUGUUUGCCCUUUACUCUUGCAGCAAGAUGGUUGGGCAAGAAAUUUCUCUGGACUCCAGCGAUGAUUUGCGCGGGGCAGACGGCGCUUUAUUUUGGCUUGUAACAACUGCGGCACGCUCAGCAACACUCCUUGGUGUAAAGGUAAUUUGUUAG